AUGGGUUCAGAAAUUGAUAAGGAUAACAGAGUUACAAAUUCUAUUAGUAAUCCAAACGUUUGCAAUCCAGACAACCACAAUAUAGAUCUGGAAGAUAUUACUGACAAUCAUGACGAUUUUCAGACUCAGUUAUCACAUAGAGAAAAACAGAAAUUGAAACGACAGAGACAUGAUCAAAAUGGAGAUGAAUCAUCUAAUUUUACGCCAAAGCGUAAUCGUAAUGACAAUAAUGACUCUCAUCAGAAAAGGAUAAGUGAAAAUACAAAUCAAUAUGCUACUUCGUCCUAUUUUAACACAAAUCGUAUAUAUCGUAAGCAAGAUCAAGAAAAAUGUUAUCUGUUAUAUGCAGAUACGGCGACACAAUUCAAUUUUCUAUUAAAUACAGAAAAUUGGCCGGAUGGAAUUUGUAACAAUCAAUAUUCAGUUGAAUUAUCAAGAAAAAUUCCAUCAUUUUCUAUUGUUGUUAAAAAUGUUCCGGCUCAAUGGAAUGCUGCUGAUUUCGGGGAAGAAUUAAAACAAAGCUAUUCAACAAUUGUUAGAGCUGAAAGGUUCUUUAUUAAAGGAGGUCGACCAAUUUCUAAAGUCCGUGUGGACUUUUCACCCAACAAAGAGUUAGCUGAAAUACUUAAAAUGAAACGUAUAUUAUUGGAUGAUGAAUACACGUCGUACCAAAUUGGGCCUUACGUGCCACCAAUUCACAUUGUACGUUGUUAUAUUUGUCAAGCAUAUGAUGAUCAUAUAGCUGCCUACUGUCCAAAUAAAGAAAACCCCAUAUGUUUUAAAUGCGAACAGAAUCAUGUCUAUGAUCGCACUUGUCAAAAUGAAACACGAUGUGCGCAUUGUCAAGGGGGGCAUAUGGCAGGAAAUCCAAAUUGUCCAGUAAAAAUUGAAAGACGUCAAAUAAAGACACAACAAAACAGAACAUCGAAUGAUAAACAGAUGCCAUUAGUACCACAACAGCAGGGUGUCUGGGCGAAUACGCCAGGCCGAUUAUCUUUGUGUAAUGCCUCAAUGACAUCGCCGACAAAUGAUAAUACCAACUAUGGGAAAGAACAAAGGUGUACGAUCGAAAAAAUAAACGAUACAACGAUGGCAAUUAUGCAGAAUCAGAAAGAUCUUUAUGAACAAUUCACGUUGUCGAAUACAAAAAUUAAGAAUCAAGUGAAUGAAAUCGUGGCCGUAAAACUUCUUAUCAAUGAUAUUGUAUGUCCAUUGAUUAGAGAAAUUUCGAAUAUCAUUUAUGGUCAAGUUAAAGGAAAAUAA